AUGGUCGACCUCGAUGAUGCAAUCCCUGCGCUCAAUCAGCGACCGGCAGCGCUAGCCAUUAUUAUUGUUUUUCUGAUCCUCGCCUAUGUUUGUGGCAUUGGGCGGCUGUACAUCCGUUUUUUUCGUCGUUCGCCGCCCCGGCUGGGACGAUGCAUUGCUCAUUAUGGUCUUGGUAACCACCACUUUAUUAUCCAUAUCAACAUGUAUAGCCCUCUCAAACGGGUUGGGCAAGCACUAUGCUACUCUUGGAUUAACUGGCACUGA